AUGAACACACCAAUUUAUCACACACCUCUCUCAAGAAAAUCAUUAUUGAGGCUGCGGGUCCCGCUCUCUCCACUUCCUUUAGACAUCUCCCCAAUUAUCUCUAAAAAACCAAAAGAUUUUGAAAAAGAAAACGUAUAUCUCUCCACGCCUCCUACAGCCUCAAGUUUUGAAUCCCCUUUCUCCGAUAUGGAUUCUCCUUACUUUACACUCAGGUAA